UUAAAGCAAGACGGCAGCAAUUCAGCCCACCUGAUGGAAACCCUUCUGGGGAAGCUGGAUGAGCUGGGGUCCAAAGUCGGGGAGUCUUCCAAGUUGAAAGCGCAACUCCGCAUCGUCCUCAACUGCGCGAAAGAAGCCGCCAAUUCAACUUCCUCAGCCCAGGUUUUCGAAAAGACCUACACUUUCCAAAACAAAGACAACCUUCAGUCCGAGCUCGAAACUGCUCAGCAGCUCAACCAGGACCUGUUGAACAAAGUCAGUGACCUGGAAGCCAAAAGCAAACAACUGCCCGACCAAUUCCAGACCCUACAAGCCGAGCUUUCUUCGACUAAGUCAACCCUCGCUGAGAAAGAAUCGCAACUCCAUGAACUAGCUCUUAUUGCUGAAAAAGCAUCCCAAGCUGCUGCAGACACUGAAUCAAACAAGCAAAACCUUCAUCAUGAGAUUCAAGACCUGCAAAAAAUCCUCGAAUCCCUGGUUCAAGAAAAGAACGAGCUUUCCAACGAGCUGAAUCUCACUCAGCAAAAAUUCAGCUCUGAACAAACGUCUCACGCUCAAUCCAAAUCAAGGGCCAAUGAACUCACAAAUGAACUCAACAAUCUCCUCGGAAAAUACAAUUCCAUCUCAGAAGAAACGUCUUCUUUCAAAUCAGAACUGGAAUCAAGGGAUAAAAAUGUCGAAAAGCUAACGAGAGACGUUUCGGAAUUCAGAUACAUGCUGAGCAUUGCAGAGCGGGAAACCUUGGAAAAGGAGAAAGAAUUGCAAGAAAGAGACUUGGAAAUUGCAAAUUUGAGAUCAGCUCUCGAACAACUGAAAGCAGACAUUCAAACCCUUCGCUCUACACUCCUCGAGGGAUCUUCGGUUUCAGAACACCUCAUAACCAGACUCAAAACCCUCGAAGAUGAGAACCAAAGCCUCGUUUCUCGGCUCGAAGAGGCUGAAACUCGAAGCAAACUUCUGGCGCAACAACAAUUCGAAGCUAACGAGUCAAACCAGAAGUUGCUCCAAGACCUCAACAACUCCAUGGAACUCCUACAGCAAAAGGACACCGAGAUUAUCCGUUUGAACAACCUCAUUGCAUCGUAUGAGCUGAAAUCAAUGAACACAGCACCCCAGGAAUGUGAAACAAUCCAAAAAGAAACCAGCAAACGCCAGCUGCUGGAAUCAUCCCCAGCGGCACCCGUCCUGAAACCCCAGCAGAUGCUGUUGACCCCCGAGAGACCCAUUUCCCCAAUGAUCCCAGUGGAAGGUUGGAUGGAGAUAUUUUUGCAAAAAGAACAACAUCUCAAUGACCUUCUCGCGAGACUCGAUGAGAAACAGAGACUUCUGGAACAGGUCACGCCAACAGCUUUGACUCUUGGUCAGUCAGAAGAACUCAUCAUCCUCCGAGACCGCUUGGGUGAAGUUCUGACCCAGAAACAAUCACUCACGACAGCACUAGAAACGACCAAACAAGACCUGGACAAUCUCCGCGAAAAGUACUCAGACGAGAUUGCCACAUUGACCUCGGAAAUCAAUUCAACCCAGGAAGCAAUUGAGAAAAAAGAAUCUGAUCUCGGUUUCCUGCGUCAAGAACUCGAUCGCAUAUUGCUCGAAUGCCAGCGAUGGAAAUUCUAUGCCAAGGAAAUCCCGCUACAAUCCGCUAAAGACGAUUCAGAAUCAACUAAAGAUCAGAUAAUUGCCAAUCUUCGCACUGAGUUAGAAAUCGUGAACCACGCUAAAACCGGCCUAGUCUUCCAGCUGGAACGCAAAGAAAGCCUGGAAAAAAUCUACGAAUCCCUCACAAAAGACUCUGAAGACCAGCGAAUCAUGAUCAGCAACCUUCAAGCCGAACUAGAAAUAGUCAACAAAUCUAAAACUAUCCUCGCUUGUCAGAGAUCUCUAGACGAGAAGAUAGAAAAGGGCUACGAAGCAUUGAAACUGGAGGUCGAAACCCUUGACGCAGAGCUUCAGGUUGUCGGGAAAGCAAAACUUAUGCUGGAAAACCAACUCUGUCAGCUGAAAAAUGAGCAUGAACAUUUGAAACUUGAAUGGAUGAAUCAGGAAGCGGAUUUGAGUGACUCAAUCCGAACGCUCACUUCCGACUGCGCGGAGAAAAUCGCCGAAAUUUCCGUGCUCACUGACAAUCUCGACAGAGUUACCCGGGAAAAAAUAGACUUGGAAUCAGAGCUUCAGAGUCUCAAAUCCGAACUCUCAACUCUCGACAGCAAGUUUCACGAGACUGUUUCAAAAACCUCAACUCUGGACCAAGAAGCCAAAGAGAGAAACUCUCGCAUUCAAGACUUAGAGGCUCAAUUGUCGAGUGUUUCUCAAGAAAAGCAAGCCCUCUUGGACGACUUACGAACAGUCAACUCUGAGGUGUGUCAACUUCGCGCGGAAUGCGACGUGAGAACGUCGGAGCUCUUCAUUCUGAAGAGCUCAGCUGAAGGAGCAAAUCAAGAAGCCACUUGCGUGAAAGAAAACCUUCUGAAACUGGACCAACAACUCUUUUCUUCGAGGAGCGAAUCUGACAUCAUGCGAGAGGAGCGAGAAGCUCUCAAACACGCCAUGGAAGAAAAGAUUAAUCUUGCGGAGACCCGGGUAAAGAGCGCCGUGGACCAGCUCCACGUCAUCCAGACUCAAAACGAGGCUCUGCAGGCCUCUCUGGAUGCCAAAGAGAUAGAUGUGAAGUUUCUGAAAUCCCAACUAGAUUCCCAACCACUCACACAAGCUCUGGCGAGCUCUUCAAGUAACGACGAGCUUCUUGGUGCUCUCAGACGAGAAUUAGACCGCAGAAACGCGUACAUUGAAGAAUUGACCGCGUCCGUGGUUAAACUAAGCACUUGCAACACAGAACUCACCAAUUCGGUCAACUCCAGACGAUGUGACUUCGCCGCUCCUGAGACAGACAUUGCAGUGCAAAGUCUGCAGACUGAGUUGCAACACAAAGACCUUGAACUGACCCUUAUUAGGCACGAGUAUGAGCAGGUGAUCAAGGAGACAGAGGAGAAAUACGAAAACACUUUGUCUGCUUUACAGCAACAGGUCGACUCUGCACAAAGCUACCAAGAAACCGCGGAAAAAUAUCGCCAGCAACUGCUAACUCAAGAACAAGAUUUCAACUUCCAACUCGAGUCUCUCAAAUCUGUAAACCCGAAACACGCUUCCGAAAUAGAACUCACUCAGCUUAGACGUCAAGUCGCGGAUUACGAGGAGCGAAUGCGGUCGAUUGCUCAGCAAUAUGAGUCAAAGGUAGAAACUCUGGUGCAUCAGCUCAGCGAUAAUUUGACCGAUCAAGAAAGGGACCUCGGGGAACGAUUUGAAAUUGAAUUCGAGGACAGAGCGAGGAUGGAACGCGCGGAAACAGCAGCCAAACACAAACAGGAAAUCGACGCGAUCAAUAAUCAGUGGGAAGACCGAUUGCACACCUUGCGUGAAGAAAUGCUUCGACAGCAGCAUGCCAAUGACCAAUUCACAAGCACGCUCCUUAAAAAGGAAUCGGAAUCGAACCAGAUGCAAGCCCUUCAAAAGCGUGUGCAGGAGCUGCAAGAUCUUCUAGAAGCGACAUCUACUCCCUCGCCCAUAACCACUCAACUCCAGCCCUGGACAGCCGAAGACUCGUACCAAGGCCGGAUCCAAGAACUCAUCGCGAAACUCGGCGAAAUGGAAGCAGAAAAGAACCGCCUGAAGCGCAAGAUCGACGAGCUGAACCGACUCCACGCUCAGGAAAUCCAAUCCUACGUCAGCACUAUCCAGUCCUGCUUCAGUGCAGGCAGUGACGUGGCAUCGAAGUUCGAGCACUUGCGGAAAAUGCAGCAGCUGGAGUUGGCCAAUGCCCAGGCCAGGCUACGCGUCGAAUACGAAGCCAAGGUCAUGGACUUGAAAACAAGGUUCGAAGACAAACUGCGCGAGCUCAAGAAAACAGACCCAUCCGAGAAAGAGAAAAACCAGUUCCGUCUGAGUUUGGACCCCAGCUCAUCCAGCUCUCCACCAUCCGCGACUACAGCGCUUUCGCCCGAAUCAAUGUUGAGGCAUGGGCCAAUGGAGAGAGAAUUGCUUUCAAGGAGCAGAUCUCCUGCUUUUGGAAGCCGACCGAUUUCUCCGGGGGUUCUCGGGUUCGAAGUUUCUACGCAGAUCAAUCAAUUGAUCAUUGAUUUUAUCACUGACAUGCGAACAGUCGAAGGUGUUCCCGACAGACUGAAGGACAAAGUUGCUGCUCUGAAACGGCGAGCUGAACUGGUUUCUACUAAUGUCACCAGGGAAACUCAAGCAGCUGUGGAAAGAGAACGUCUGAAUGCUCAAGAUGUGCAAGACGAGUUGGAAGAAAAAUUUGCCGACAUGGAAGCGAGGCAUAAACUCGAAAUCGCCAAGCUGGCGGAAGAUUACAACAGCCACAAAAAGGUUCAAAUUAUUUGA